AUGUCCCACGACAGCGUGGGAUGUCGCCAUGUAAUUCGUGGGACACUGGUCAACGCAGCACAGCAGCAACCUCGAACCACUGCCGAAAUGGACGAAGGACUCGCCCACUGUGCUGGCAACUAUGUUCCACUGUAUAAUAAAAAAUGGAUCUUUAGCUGGAGUCUCGAUACUCAAGAUCGCCAUGUCGGCAUAAUGUUUAUUUCUUUCUCGGAGCGAUGGGAGGAGUUAAGAGGAAACCUUUGGAGUAAAUGUGGAGAAGUACUACUUGCAAAUUUCCAGGGCUCGUUAUGCCGACAUGCAAUUUCGGAAAGUAUGAUUUUUCAUGCAAAAUUUCAGGAGAAGGACAGGCAGCAAAAUAAACAAAACAAAUCCAAACACGUAUCGCACUCGCGGAUCGAAGAAGAGCUACUUGCAUUUCAAAGUUCCACAGAACCAAAGAAGUUUCUCCGUUCCUCUCCUUCAUCAAUUCGUAUCCGUCUUCCCCAAAUUCAACUCCACCAUGACGCUAUGAAGGCCCCGAAAGUUAAAAUCUAG